AUGAAGUUUGCUCGCUACCUCGACGAAAACACGGUCCCCGAAUGGCGAAAGGUCUACAUCGAGUACCGUGGCCUCAAAAAGCUCAUCAAGCGCGUCGCAGAACACAGAGAAGCGCGACUCCGUCUCGAGGCUGAGCAGAAUCUCGCUGGCCAUCAGUCGAGCUCGACCGCGGUCGCUCCUGCCACUCCAUCAGGCUCAGCCGAUCCGUUCCUUCGUCGACGGAAUCCGGCCGCCAACCACCUCGACCAUGAAGCGCAGACUACGCUCGCUUCCAGUGCCGGCUACACACAGCGCAAUGACUAUGGCGGGACACGAACACCUGCUGCACCUCAACCAUCCAUACCGCCCGUGAGCCUUCAAGGCACAGGUCUCCGCCUCUCCUCCGAAAGCCCGUCCUAUGAUGGCUCCAUCUCGCAAUAUAGGUCGAACGGGCUCGAGCGGCAUCCAGACUCGGAUCUAGAAGCUCAAACCGCGGAUCGGCCAUCCACACAAGCAGACGAGACUUCCCGUCAGCACCGCACCGAUCCUUCGCUAGACGCCAAAGCCAGCAUCGACUCCGCUGCCUCUUCCAAGCAGGACACCACGGAUGCUCGUCCACCCGGCACCAGCACCGUACGAUACACGGACGACGCUGAACCACCAACACGCUCUACUGGACCACGACCUCAAGCGGACCGCAAAGCUAACAGCUCCUUCGGCUCCAGUCGACAACGCCUCCUCGCUCGCUCCGCUUCCUCAGGAAACGCCUCGAAUCGCUCUCUCAAAGAUGAAGCGCCGCAAUCCCUCCAACAACUCAUCGUGGCCCACUUUGACGACCAGGAGGCCAAAUUCUUCUCCGUUUGCGACGCCGAGCUUGAACGCAUCGUCAAAUUUUACGAGGUACAGGAGCAUCAGGCGGCGACCAAGUAUGCGCAGCUAGCGCGCCAGCUGAAGGAGCUUGCCGAGCAUCGACGCGAGUACCGCGCCAAGUACAACAUCAGCGAUCAGGAUCGCACGGGGGCGGGAUCGCGGCGGCAUCGCAUGUCGCAACUUUUGUCAAAUCUGCCUGGGUCCAAGAUGAUGAUGGCCGACGAGGUGGCAUCACGGGUGAAAUCGAUACCUGCACUGUCGACGCUCAAGUCGCGCGAACCGACGUCCGGUGGUCAGCCGUCGUUGACAGCGCCACGCUUCUCGACCGAGCUGAACUCGAAGCAACGCGGGGACAGCAGCGACGACGACGCGGGCGAUCGACGUCGAGCAGUCGCCCUCGCGCAGAUGCAAGCCUCUGUCCGAGGCUGGGACGAUGACACCGAUCGCGCCAUCCGCGAAGCCAACAAAGCCGCCGCCAUGAGCCACGACCCCGAAGCCUACGCCGCAGCCCGCAAGAAACUCAAAGCCGCCGUGCUGGACUACUAUAAGUUCCUCGACACGCUCACCAACUACAAGAUCCUCAACCGUACGGGGUUUGCCAAAGUCAUGAAGAAGUUUUCCAAGACCGUCGGCGUGCCGUGCACCGAUCUGUACUACAAGGACCGGGUCGCGCCUACGCAGCUGGUCACCUCGGAUCGGAUCGAGAAGCUGCGCAAGGCGACGGAGGAUAUCUACACCGCGUAUUUCGAGCAUGGCAAUCGGAAGCAGGCGUUGAAUCGGCUGAGGGCGCGGGAGGAUCACACGACGCACCACUACAGUGUGUUUCGUAGUGGAUUCUACCUGGGCAUAUCGCUGUGUGCGAUCGUCGCAGGGUUGAUCGAGGCGAUGAAGCCAAGCAAGCAGGCGACGAUCCCGCAAUGGGCAGCAUUGUUGCGGGUCUACGGCGCCGAAUUCAUCCCUACCCUCUUCGCUCUGCUCUUCGGCCUCAACCUCGCUUGGUGGCACGCGCUUCGCAUCAACACCGUCUUCAUCUUUGAAUGGGACGUCCGAACCACCAUGGACCACCGCCAGUUCUUCGAGAUCCCGGCGUUGCUCAUGCUGUUCCUCUCGUGCUGCUUCUGGGUGUCCUUCGUCAACCCCUUCCCUUCGGCGAUUGCGCCGACGACCUGGCCCACUGUGUGGCUGGUCAUCACCGCUUUGCUUCUACUCAAUCCGUUGCCGAUUCUGCUCCCCGCCAGUCGAUGGUGGUUCCUCAAGAGUCUGCUACGCGUCUUCACCGCCGGAUGGAAACGCGUUGAAUUCCGCGACUUCUUCCUCGGUGACGAGCUCAAUUCCAUCGCCUGGACCAUCUCCAACUUCUGGUACCUCGGUUGCGAAUACCAUCACAACUGGGCCCAUCCGGAUCGCUGUUCGCCCAACGACACGUAUUGGACGGCUGUGCUGCUUUCCGUCCCUGCCUGGUUGCGUUUGGGCCAGUGCAUCCGGCGUUGGGUGGACAGCGACUACCGGACGCACCUGCAUCUCGUCAAUGCCGGCAAGUACGGUAGUGCGGUGCUCAACAACUUUUUCUAUCUUCACUAUCGACGGGGUGGCUCGCGACCAGGAACGGAUCUCGCACUUUGGGUUCUUUUUGCGACGAUCUAUUCCGUCUGGCACAUCGGAUGGGAUCUGUUGAUGGAUUGGUCAGUACUCAAACCGCGGGCGAGGUACUUCCUGCUCCGAAACGAAAUCUCCUUCCCCCAGAGCGUAUACUACCUCUUCAUGGUGUUCGAUGUCAUCGGCCGCUCAGUUUGGGUCAUCUACCUGAUUCCGGGGAGAGCAAGUGUGACGCUGCGCUCGUUCCUCGCCGCUUUGGUCGAAAUGGGCAGAAGGGUCUGCUGGAACAACCUUCGAGUGGAAAACGAACAGAUCGGCAACACGGAUUCGUUCAAGAUCAUGCGCGAUCUCCCCCUUCCCUAUCGUCAAAAGUUGCUCGAGGAUGCAGGGGAGUUGGAGAAUGGGGCGAUGCACAAGACGGGCAUUUUUGCCAGUGUCAAGCUGGCGGGGUUGAGGAAGAAGUGUUCGCCGACGAGCGGGAUGCAUCCGCACGCGAGCGAGGAGGGGGUUCGUACACCGGACGCUAGCCAGGGUGGAGGCACACGCAGGGCUUCGCUGAUUAAUGGGUUGAGGCAGAAGUUAGUCCCCGAUCCAACGGGCGAGCAUUACGGGAAACAGCUCGACGAGAGGGCGGCGACCAAGGGGCAAAGUGGAAGGGACUAUACUCCGAGACGACAGGAGAGCAUGCCUGGAUAUGUGGAUGUGGAUAGCGACGAGGAGGAGGCGACGACGGAACCGGAUGCGAGCGAGAGCAACGAUGAUGCGGAUCAGCAGGAGACGAGGUUGCCGCAGUCGCCACCAAGAGCCAUGGCGAGGGAUGGGAGAGGGGCGAGCGUCGCAGAGACGAGAACGGAUGUUGGGCGAGACGCCACGGCUUAA